CAUACUAUCCCACUUUCUCUCCUUCCUCCGACUUACAAGUCAGAUAACAACAACACUUACAUCACACAUCCACAUCGAAUUACCCCUCUUCGUCUCACACACACCGACAACAUGUCCGGCUACGAUCAGUACAACCAGGGCCAGGGCGGCUACUACGGCCACCAGCAGGGUGGUUACCAGCAGGGUGGCUACCAACAGGGUGGUGGUUAUCCUCAGCAGCAGGGCUACGGACAGCAGGGUGGCUACGACCAAUACAACCAGCACAGCCAGCACGGUAGCCAGGGUGGCUCUGCCAACGACUACUAUGGCUCCAGCGGACAGCAGUCUCAGUAUGGUGGUGAGAGCCAGUACGGCCAGCAGCAACAGUACGGCCAGCACGGUCAGCAGCAACAGUAUGGUCAGGACCAGCGUGGAGAGUACAACCAGCAGGGUGCCCCUGGUGGCGCGCAGGACGGUGAACGUGGUCUCGGUGGUGCCCUCGCCGGUGGUCUGGCGGGAGGCUUUGCCGGUCACAAGGCGGAUCACGGGAUCCUCGGAACCAUCGGUGGUGCCAUUAUCGGAAGUAUCGCUGAAGACGCCAUCAAGAAGCACAGACACAAGGAGGAGGAGCAGCAGCAGUACGGCUACCCUCCCCAUGGUGGUCCCGGUGGUCCUCCUCCCGGCUCUCACCACGGUGGCGGUGGUAGCAUGAUGGACCAGUUCGGCAGCUUCUUCAAGAAAUAGACGGCUCCUCCUCACCUUAGACCGUUCUUGAUCUCAUGACCUUGCUGCUUCAUUCCAUAUGACUGAGCCUUUUAUUUAUUUGUUGCCCUUUUCUUUUUGUUACGGCCGGCCGGGGUAUGGGAAAUGAAUUCGAGUCUUUUCUUCCAACAACCGUUUCUUGCGCUUAAGAUUGCUCUGCUUUUCUCUGAAUUAUCUCCCUGAAGUGUUGAUACUAGGGAUUGGACUUAAACUUGAUACCGAUGCUGGGUCUGCCAGCAUAUUUUAUCUAUUAGUGGCUAUGCUACGAAGAAUCAUACUGCCUUUGACC